AAUCGUUCGCGCAAAGAGAUAAAAUCAAAAGUCCAUGAACGUUUGCUUGAGGAGGUACAACCAAAUGAAAUGGGGAAAACGGGAAAAUUUUGUCUCACACUGGAAAAAAUAGACAAUUGCCGGGGUACGAAUGAAUACCUUCAUUCAUGAAACGAUUCAGAUCUAAACAUCCGCCGGAAACCGCCAAACAUCACGGCUUCCUAUCAAUCAGUAAGAUGAAAGGAGAAUAUGUAGAAGAAAGGAAAGAUCAAUUCAACACUAUGUUUGCUGCUAAGCUUCAUCACACCCAAAACUUCCACCACCACAACCCAUAUCAUCAGCCACCGCCGCCGCCGCUUUCUCACGCUCAACCCAUCUUCCACCACCCUUUCCACCUUACUUCCGCCGCACGGGAACGCCAGACUUCCGACGACGCCGACAGCCGCAGCCCCACCGCUCAAUCCACCGCCACAACCGCCGUGAAGAACCCGCAGCCUGUAUCGGCGGGAGUAUCUCCGGCGACCCACACGCCGUCCUCCGGCAACGACGGCGCCACGAUCGAAGUCGUUCGCCGCCCGCGAGGCCGGCCUCCCGGUUCCAAGAACAAACCGAAGCCGCCGGUGAUCAUAACGCGCGACGCCGAGCCGACGAUGAGCCCGUACAUAUUCGAACUCCCCGGCGGCGUGGAUAUAAUCGACUCCGUCAUCCGGUUUUGCCGGAAGCGGAACACCGGCGUAUGUAUACUAAACGGGUCGGGUUCGGUUUCGAAUGUCACGAUCCGACAACCCUCGACCGCCGCUCCAGGGGGCACCCUGACUUUCCACGGCCGAUUCGAGAUCUUGUCGAUUUCCGCCACGGUGGUGGCGGGGCCAGAUCCGAGCACGGGAUUCCCGCCGCCGAACAACGGAAUCGUUAACGGGUUCAGAAUAUCUUUAGGCGGGCCGCAGGGACAGGUGGUGGGCGGGGCAGUGGCGGGGCCGCUGGUGUCGGCGGCGACCGUGUACUUGAUCGCGGCGACCUUCAGCAACCCAUCGUACCACCGGCUGCCGGGGGAGGAAUUAGAAGGGAAAGACGGAGCGGACAGGCAGAACUCGCCGGAAGCAUCCGGCGGAGUGGAGAGUGGGGGCGGCGGCGUGGCGGCCGGGGCUUGUGGGAUUUCGAUGUACAGCUUUCAUAUGCCGCCGGCAAGCUCCGAUGUGAUUUGGGCUCCGACGGCUAGACAACCGCCGCCGUACUAGAGACGGUUGAUUCAGAUCGGAAUGUUUUCUUCUUGAAUUCAUUGAAUAUUCUCUAGUCAUCAUCAUCAAAUAUGGGAGAUGUGCAAAUAGCUUGAUGCCUUGAUGAGGUGUGACAUCCUUGGUGAAGUACGCUAUAUAUUAAUUGAUGAGCUUGUGACAAUUUGGGUUUAACUUCUUAAUAUAGAAUGGUUUGGCUU